ACUGGCCCCGCCUCUUCCUCUCGGUCCCAUAUUGAACUCGAGUUGGAAGAGGCGAGUCCGGUCUCAAAAUGGAGGUAAAACAGCCGCCCGGUCGCCCCCAGCCCGACUCCGGCCGUCGCCGCCGCCGCCGGGGGGAGGAGGGUCAUGAUCCAAAGGAACCAGAGCAGUUGAGGAAACUGUUUAUUGGUGGUCUGAGCUUUGAAACUACAGAUGAUAGCUUGAGAGAACAUUUUGAGAAAUGGGGCACACUGACAGAUUGUGUGGUAAUGAGAGAUCCCCAAACAAAACGUUCCAGGGGGUUUGGUUUUGUGACUUACUCUUGUGUUGAAGAGGUGGAUGCAGCAAUGUGUGCUCGACCACACAAGGUUGAUGGGCGUGUUGUGGAACCAAAGAGAGCUGUUUCUAGAGAGGAUUCGGUAAAGCCUGGUGCCCAUCUAACAGUGAAGAAAAUUUUUGUUGGUGGUAUUAAAGAAGAUACAGAGGAAUAUAAUUUGAGAGACUACUUUGAAAAAUAUGGCAAGAUUGAAACCAUAGAAGUUAUGGAAGAUAGGCAGAGUGGCAAAAAAAGAGGAUUUGCUUUUGUAACUUUUGAUGAUCAUGAUACAGUUGAUAAAAUUGUUGUUCAGAAAUACCACACUAUUAAUGGUCAUAGUUGUGAAGUGAAAAAAGCCCUUUCUAAACAAGAGAUGCAGUCUGCUGCUGGAUCACCGAGAGGCCGUGGAGGUGGAUCUGGCAACUUUAUGGGUCGUGGAGGAAACUUUGGAGGUGGUGGAGGUAAUUUUGGCCGUGGUGGAAACUUUGGUGGAAGAGGAGGUUAUGGUGGUGGUGGUGGUGGCAGCAGAGGAAGUUACGGAGGAGGUGAUGGUGGAUAUAAUGGUUUUGGAGGUGAUGGUGGCAACUAUGGUGGUGGUCCUGGUUACAGUAGCAGGGGAGGCUAUGGUGGUGGUGGACCAGGAUAUGGAAACCAAGGUGGUGGAUAUGGUGGAGGAGGAGGAUAUGAUGGUUACAAUGAAGGAGGAAAUUUUGGAGGCAACUAUGGUGGUGGUGGAAACUACAAUGAUUUUGGAAAUUACAGUGGACAACAGCAAUCAAAUUAUGGGCCCAUGAAAGGGGGCAGUUUUGGUGGGAGAAGCUCGGGCAGUCCUUAUGGUGGUGGUUAUGGAUCUGGUGGUGGAAGUGGUGGAUAUGGUAGCAGAAGGUUCUAAAUACAGCAGAAAAGGGCUACAGUUCUUAGCAGGAGAGAGAGCGAGGAGUUGUCAGGAAAGCUGCAGGUUACUUUGAGACAGUCGUCCCAAAUGCAUUAGAGGAACUGUAAAAAUCUGCCACAGGAGGAACGAUGAUCCAUAGUCAGAAAAGUUACUGCAGCUUAAACAGGAAACCCUUCUUGUUCAGGACUGUCAUAGCCACAGUUUGCAAAAAGUGCAGCUAUUGAUUAAUGCAAUGUAGUGUCAAUUAGAUGUACAUUCCUGAGGUCUUUUAUCUGUUGUAGCUUUGUCUUUUCUUUUUCUUUUCAUUACAUCAGGUAUAUUGCCCUGUAAAUUGUGGUAGUGGUACCAGGAAUAAAAAAUUAAGGAAUUUUUAACUUUUCAAUAUUUGUGUAGUUCAGUUUUUCUACAUUUUAGUACAGAAACUUUAACACAAUGCAGUUUUGAAGGUGUUUCCUUGUGAGUUAACAAGUAAAGAAGAUCAUUGUUAAUUACUAUUUUGUAUGAAUUUUGCUAAUGUUAACUGUAAAGAAACACCUACUGACUUGCGGGUUAAGGGGAAUCUAUUCUCCCCAUUCCAAACCAUGAUAUGAAUGGGCACUGACAUGUGGAGAGAAUAGAUAUUUGUAUGUUUGCAAUGUGUGUUUUAGAUAAAUAGGAUUGGGUAUUUAAAUUAGCAUAUUUGUGAAUUUAAUAGCGUUAAGAUUACUUCAAAUGAAAAAUCUCAGAAUUCCUCUUUGGUUUUGUGCAUUUUCUUUCAAAAUGUAAUCAUAUGAUUUUAGUGUGUUAGAUUUUGCCGAGUCCUAGUUGUGUUAAGAACAUUUCCAUUCUACAUUUUACCUUGGUCACAUUUGAACUGCUGCCAUAGUUGGGGGUAUAAAGAAUGUCUACUGCCCUCUAUUUAAAUUUUGGGAUGGGAUAGUAGGUGUUUUUCCACUCUUAUCUUAAAAAACCAUUCUGAAACACAUCAAAAUAUAUAGGACCACUAAGCCUGCUAUAUCUGAGCAUAUUCGUUGGGUACUUUUUUUUAUUUUUCAAGCAUAAGAGGCCCAAUUAAAUCUGAUUAUUUUCCUUGGUUUACCUUUUUUAUUGGUUACAAACUCAGUGGGAAUAAAAUUGAUGUGUUAUUGAACCUUUAACUGGCUGGCAUGCUUUCCUGUCUAUACCCAGCGAAGUACAGUUUAGAAAUAUUUGUCCAAAAUAACCUAAUGCAGCAGAAAUGUAGCAUAGUUGCUUAGUACAACCUUCUCUCAGAGCACUGAAUUGAAAUUUAAAUCUUGAGUUCCCAAAUACACUGUUACAUCUUGUGUUCAUUUCAACCUAAAUGUUGGUGUCAGAUUGUAUGGAAGACUCGGUUGAGAAGAAUUUUAGAUACUGAGAUACAUAAUAUAUGAACCAGUGUCUACUGUUCCGCGCCAGCUAGUGUUUACGGUUUCGUUCAAACCCUCACUAUGUGCCCUGCUGUCACUCCUUUGGCAGUUGAACGUUGAAUCCAAGAUUUUUGUUUUAGCAGUACUAAGCAAAAAAAAAAAAAAAGCAAUAAAAAGGGGAUUGGGGUGUGCUAGUGUUUGAAUAUGCUCUCUCGUUGCUCUAAUUCUGUGCCUCUGUGCAUUACUAUUUGGAUGCAUGCAAUACCAGCAUGGAAAUCGGUCUUCACAGAUACUGCAGUUUUCCAGAAACACACACAAACCAAUAAAUGUAAUACAACAUUCCAUGUGUUAAUGGACAUAUGUGAAUGAGCAGUGGGGAAAAACAAGGCUAAUGUUAGAAAAUGGUUAAAUUCUUGGUAAUUUCAAGUGUGGUUAUAUAAAUGGACACUGUCAAUGUUCAUCAGCCUGGGUACCUGGUCAAAAUAAUGCUUGGGAAACACCUUAUUAAAAAUCGAGCUAAAUUGUCUCAGGUUCUUUAUUCAUAUAAUAAAGGUUGAAAAUGGGGGAGAUUGACAUUUUCUGUUUUUAUGUUUGUGAAACUGUUUGACACAACCUUGACAGUAUCCUUUAAUGGCAUAAUGAGGUUAAUUGUACCAUUAACAAUUUUUCUGUGUUCUGGAACUAGUUUUUAAGAGUGAAAAUAUUUUGAGUAAGUUGAUGUUUGCAACCUAUAAGCAGGUGAAGUUUGUGUAUGUGACCUGUUUAUAAGUUGUAUUAGUUUAGCUGUUGCGAACAGUGGAGAAGUUAAGCCAUGAGGAGAGCGGUUUAACCAGCUUUAAAGGACCUAAGAUGUGCUAUUUAAGCGCAGUGUGGAUCAAAGGCAACUCACACUAAGACAGGACUUCAGCAGCCUUUUGAGUAUGGACAAGUCAGCAUAAAUAAAGAAUGACAAGGCAGCAGCAAGAGCUUCAACUACAGAGAAGUGAAGGCAUAUGAUGCUAGUGAGCAACUUUGCAAAAGCUAGUUAAAUCUUACUGCAACUGAAAUGUCGAAGAAAGUAGCAGGAAGGAGCUCUUCGCCCUUUGGAACAUCAAUGAGAGAUAGUUGCUACAGUCACUAGGUCUAGCACUUAGACCUGCAAGGAAGGGCAAUAAGCAUUAGGUAAGGCUUGAAUUUGAAUUUUUUCACUAAUUAAAGAAUACUUUUUUGUAAAGCAAGGUAAGAGUAAUCUUUUUGAUUUACAGGUUGAAUGAGAACCCUACUUGCCUAAAUGAGGAAUGUCUUUCCUACCAUCUUAAAUACGAAGGUUUCUGGCUGGGUAAGGUUGGUAGCUCACAGUAAAACCUAACAACACCCAUUUAUUUCAUACAAAUUUACGUUAGGAAUUUUUAAACUGCCCUCUGUUUAGUAGGUCCAUUGGCAAAUUUCGUUACACUAUCUUGGCACAUGUCUAGUAAAAUAUUCCUUAGACAAUUUAAAAAGUUCCCCUGCAAUAGCCAAGAAAUAACUAAACGUGGCCCUUCAUGCAUACAAUUCAUUGUUAAUAGUAUCUGUAGCAUGAAGUCCAUUUUUAGAAAAAGUAAACCCAACUUUUAAGUUAAAGUAGUGUAUGUGAUGAGCAUGGCUUACAGAGUAACAUAACAAUGCUAAUAUUCAUGUCAGGAAUAAUCUCCAAAUGAAUCUUCCAAACCAUCAGAUGGUGCAAAUAUAAAAAUAAGCUUCAGUUAAGUGGUUUGUUCACAUCAGUUCACUUUCAUACAAAUUCAGGUCCUUGUUCUGGUUAGCUGGAAGCAGGUGGGGGGGGUCUCCCUACAACCGAUUCUCCUUUCAAGAGAUCUUUUCCCAAAGAGUACUUAGUUUAGUUGCUGAUCCUAAGUCUUAAUACUUUUUUUAAAAUGUUACUUUUUAAAAAAGUGUUGUUGGGGGGGAUACACUUAAGAGAAAAGCUGUUUAUACAUGGAAGUACCAUUAUCUGCAAGUUACACUUGACAUAGUUUAUUCGCCAAAAUGGAUGGUUCUGUGAUUGAAUCAGGCUCAAUCUGCACAUGGCAGUGGGAGUGUUAAAUAAGGUAAAUGUUUCCAUGGUGAAGCUCAAAGGAUGGUUUAAGUGAACUAACAGCAUAGGGGACUUUGCAAAGGUAUUGCUCUUUCUAAUCCAUUGCAUUUGUUUAUGAAAUAAAAUUACUUUAUUAAAACAUGUUCCAUUGUCGUUUCUAACAAGUACCCUGUCCCAAGGCAGAGUAUCAACUAAUUGGAAGUUGAUCUUACCAGGUGGCUUUAAAAACAUUUCUUUAAAGCUGGCAAUACAUGUAUCCUAGAGUAUGUGUAUGGUAAAAUAAAAUAUGUUGAAAAUUACAUGAAUGGUUUGGUUUUUAAGAGUUAAAGUAUGUCACAAUUUGAAUCAUCGAGUGUCUUGAAGUUCAUACAUAGUGGAAAAGCAUGUGAAUAUGUCAGGAUUACACAAGGAAUUAGCAUCUAAAUGAAAUUUUGCAAUGUAUGGAUUAAACAUUUCGAAGGUGGUCUGUAAUGGAUUCAAAUAUUUCAUUUGUAGGAUACUGUAAUGUUUUGAACUUUUUCAUUAAAGU